AUGGAUAUUAUUAAAAACGAAACAAAAGAAAUGGAUAUGUACAACCCUUCUGUGUCCAUAAAUUUUGAGAAAGGCAUACUAAAAAAUUCCUGUGAUACUCCUAAGGAUACCAAGUUGGAAAAACUAAAAAGAGAAUACAACAUUUUAACAAGCUCAUACGAUUAUAAUUCUGGAAACAAAAAAGAAAGGAGAAAUAUAUGGAAAGAAAAAGUAAAACAUAAUAUUGCUAGUAAGAAUAAGAAGAAGAUGGUUAAAAUAAAAAAAGAAGAAAAUAAUAAUGAAUUGGAAAAUAAAAAAGGAGAAAAUUUAUUGAUGUAUGUAAACGAUAAGAAUAGUAAUUUGAAUGUAUAUAUUGAUGAAAACGAUUUAUUCGAGGAAACUCCAAAUAUAUCUUCUAAUACAUUACUCUCAUAUAUAUCAAAUAUAUUUUUAAGAAAAAAAAAUAUAUAUGAAAUAAAAAAGUGUGAUUUUAUAAAAGAAGUUAAUACAGAUGAAUCUCUAAAAAGAAAUUUUAUACCUCCAGUAGAUAUAUUAUAUGAUGAUAAAAAAGUUUUAUUUCUAUUUUUCAUAUCCGGGAAUUUACAAAAUUUCCAUGUUACCUCGAAUAAUAAUUAUUUAACUAUAUCUGGAGAAAAAAUACCUUACCAGGUCCAAGAUCAUACAAGUUAUUUUUCUCAUGAAAUAAAAAAAGGAUAUUUCAUUAGGACCUAUUGUUUUAUGAAAACAUUUGACAAGGAAAAAAUAUACUAUGAACAAAACAAUGGAGUUAUAAAAAUAUAUGUUUAUAUAUGUGAUGAUAACAAUAUUUAA